ACGCUCUGAGUCGUUUUUUCAAUGUAUUCCGUACUACUCACUUUCACUUCAAAAAAAUUAAAAAGGAAAAAAAAUCGGUUGAUUAUCUCCGGUGAGUUCAAGCCGGGAAGUCUUACCGGCGAUCUCUCCGGAAAAGGUGUUUUGGAGGGUGAAAGAAGCUUGGUUUUUGAUUGAGUGAAGACGAGUCUGAUUGUAAGGUUGGCGAGAAUGUUGCUUUUCGUUGUUUCAGCAUCAUCAUUGUGCACAAGCUUCUACAAGGAAACAGCAAAAUCUGUAUGGUUAAUAACUCAUUUCAAUGAGUGACACCGUCUUCAUCUUGGGCUCCUAGUCUAAUAUGGGUUACACUUGCAGUUGUAUAAGUUUUCAACAAAUUGCAGAUAUCUGGCAAUAUUAGGUCCAUCUAGGGAGAAAUAAAAGGCAAGUUUUUGAACGUUACGAAGUUGAAUAGGCUAGCUAUAGCAGUAAAAGGCUAGCUAUAGCUGUAAAAGGCAAGUUUAGCUGUCCUUUGCAAGUUUGCGCGCAUCUUUAGGCAACUCUUCGAAGAUUUUAAUUGGCAUGAUACGAUUGCAGAGAAACUUCUCUGUUGAGCUAAGCUAAUUUGUUUAUAAUUAGCCUCAUUAUAUGCAUACCUGUACAAUGAGCUAUCUUGAAAGUCUUACCGUCAACGUCUAAGGGUGGAAAUGUUUCAGAGGAUUCUUUUUCUGAGCUUUCAUUAAGAUAUGAAAGAAACUGGAAAUUUUAUCAUUCCUGCUUAGAAGAGCUCGCCAAUUGGAUUUGAAUUUUGUUCGUACAAGUAAAAGUCUUUCCAGCAAAAGAGUUUAUGGAUUCCGAGAGAUGGUUCAUUUCUAUCUAACGGAGAGAUGGGUUAUGAUGAUUCUUCAAAAUCUGAAGCAAAGCGGGGUCAUCAAUGGUUUAUGGAUGCCGCUGCAUCAGAAUUGUUCAGCAACAAGAAGCAAGCAAUAGAAUCCUUUAACAGCCAACCAGUUUCAGGAAUUGCAGACGUCAGUGUUUCUCCUUGGCAAAAUGCUUCGUGUUUUCAGUCGGUUUCUGGCCCAUUUGGUGACCACCUAUUUGGAUCUGAGUCCAUACGAACAGUCAACUUGGUUGAUAGGAACAUUUCUUCUGUUGACACUGGAAAUUUGAAUAUGGGAAGAAAGGAUUUUGAGGAUCAAUAUGGUAAUGGUUCAUCUGCGGCUUUGUCUAUGUCCCAUACCAUUGAAGAUGCCUCUUCAUGUCUCAGUUUUGGUGGAUUAAGGAAAGUUAAGGUCAAUCAAGUUAGGGAUUCCAACAACGACAUGCCAACAUUAAUGGGGCACCCGUAUGGCGGAGGAUUUAAUAGCACUAUUUCAAUGUCUACUGUUUUCGGUAAAAAUGGUAAUGCUAUAUUGCUGGGCCCAACGUAUCGAAGUGAGGAUGAAAGUACCGGACCAAUGGGUUCAACAUUCAGUAAGACAGAUGGCAAUUUUAUUUCAAUUGGUCACACCUUUGACAAGAGAGCUAAUGACUUUAUACCUGUGGGCCACAAUUACAAGGGAAAUGAGAGUAUCUUAUCAAUGGGUCAGCCUUUUGACAAGGAGGAUGGCAAUUUUAUUUCAAUCGGUCAGUCAUUCGAGAAGGGAGAUGCCAACUUAAUUUCAUUAAGCCCUUUUUAUGGUAAGGGACAAGAAAGUUUCAUUUCAAUGGCCCCUGCAUAUAGUAAACCGAAUGAGAGUUUGAUUUCAAUGGCAUCCUCUUUUGAUAAGGAAGGUGAUAAUAUCAUACCAGUGGGACCUUCCUAUCAUAAGGCAGACUGUAACAUCACAGCCAUGGCUCCUAGGCAAGACAAAGGAGAGUCUAAUAUUCUAUCUAUGCAUCAUAACUACAAGAAGGGUGAAAGCAAUACAAUAUCUUUUGGGGGCUUCCAUGAUGAAUCCAGGGCAAAUUGCUCAGGUAGUAUUAUUAGUGGUUAUGACUUAUUGAUGAGUAAUCAGAAUUCAGCACAAGCUUCGGAAGUGCCCUGCCAGCAAGUUUUGGGUGAGUCAAAUCCAGAUUCAAAUGUAAAUGGUGCCCCCCAAAAUAGUUCUACAACUGAUACGAACCCGAAGCAUAAAGAAUCAAAGACUUCUAAAAAGGUUUCUCCCAACAAUUUCCCUUCCAAUGUCAAAAGCCUGUUAUCAACUGGUAUGCUUGAUGGAGUUGUUGUGAAGUAUGUUUCUUGGUCACGCGAGAAAAGCCUUAAAGGAUAUAUACAAGGGACUGGAUAUAUGUGUGGCUGCAAAGACUGCAAGUUUGAAAAAGCUCUUAAUGCAUAUGAGUUUGAGCGCCAUGCUAAUUGCAAGACCAAACACCCAAACAAUCAUAUUUACUUUGAGAGUGGGAAGACCAUCUAUGCUGUUGUUCAGGAGCUCAAGAACACUCCACAAGAGUUGCUUUUUGAUGCAAUUCAAACUGUGACAGGUUCUCAAAUCAACCAGAAGAACUUUCGCAUCUGGAAAGCAUCAUAUCAAGCUGCCACCCGUGAACUUCAGCGUAUAUAUGGAAAGGAUGAUGCUGCUGUGUCAUCUUGAGAUGAAGACUCAGCCUUUCAAAUCUUGUUGUGAGGUGGGUCAGAUCUGUGCACUGCAGCUUGUAUUUUUGUACUAAACUAUAGACUUGUUUUGGGAUUUCAAUAAUUUAUGCAGAUGAAUGCUUUAGAUAUCUUGGCUUUCCAAUUUUUUCUAAAUGAGACCUUUAUUGAUUUUGAUUA